CAAUUAACAGGUGAAAGGACAUGAAGAAAUACGGUUGGAAAAGUUUCAAGGAUUUAAUAUUCAGAAAUCCUGCUGCAGACAACCAGGAUCCACAUAAUGGUGAUGAGAAUACUGAGCGUGGGAACUGGGCCAGCAAAGAAGAGUAUAUCCUCUCUACAAUCGGCUAUGCUGUUGGACUGGGAAAUAUCUGGAGAUUUCCAUAUUUGGCCUACAAAAAUGGAGGGGGUGCCUUUCUCAUUCCCUAUUUCCUGAUGUUGGUUUUGUGUGGAAUUCCACUUUUCUUCCUGGAAAGCGCCUUCGGUCAGUUUUGCAGCCAAGGCCCUAUUAACAUAUGGAGAGCAGUGCCAAUCCUGCAGGGUGUUGGUGUUGCCAUGGUUAUGGUGACUCUCAUAGUAUCAGUUUACUAUAAUGUCAUCAUCGCCUACAGCCUGUACUACAUGUUCGCCUCCUUCCAGUCUCCUCUGCCGUGGUCCAGCUGCUUGAGUUGGGCUGACAGUAACUGCAGCAACACGCCUGCAGUGUAUUGCAAUGUAAGUGGUGUUUUAGUGGCCAACUGGACUCAGGAAAACAACACUUGUUUUUCAUCCAGUGCAGAGCAGAGCCCGAGUGAGCAAUACUGGGAUCGCGUGGCUCUGCAGAGAUCCAGUGGUCUAGAUGAAACAGGACCAGUAGUUUGGCACUUGGCCCUUUGUCUGUUGCUGAGCUCCGUGCUUGUUGCUGCAGCACUCAUCAGAGGCAUCAAGUCCUCAGGCAAAGUUGUGUAUUUCACAGCUACAUUUCCUUAUGUGGUGAUUGUGAUCCUGCUGAUCCGUGGUGUGACUCUAGAGGGAGCUAGAGAUGGGAUAGAGUUCUACAUUGGUUCCCAGUCCAAUUUGACUAAACUAACAGAAGCGCAGGUCUGGAAAGAUGCAGCAACUCAGACCUUCUACUCUCUCUCGAUUGGCUGGGGUGGAGUCAUGACUCUUGCUUCCUACAACAACUUCCACAACAAUGUGUUCAAGGACUCAUUUGUUAUAACACUUACUAAUGCCGGUACCAGUGUGUUUGCAGGCUUUGCCAUAUUUUCAAUCUUGGGUCACAUGGCUUACGUCUACAAAAUGCCUGUUGGAGAUGUGGUGACGGAAGGAUUUGGCCUGGCAUUCAUUGCAUACCCAGAUGCUCUGUCUAAGCUUCCAAUUUCCCCUCUGUUUUCCAUUUUGUUCUUCUUCAUGCUUCUGACUGUUGGUCUGGACUCUCAGUUUGCAGGAAUAGAGGUGGUCGUCACCUGCCUGCUUGAUGCCUUCCCUAAAAUCUUCAAAUCCAAACGUGCUUUAUUGACUGUAACAGCAUGUUCCAUUGUCUACCUCCUGGGCCUGCCAUGUGUCACAAGGGCAGGAAUAUACUGGGUGACUCUAAUCGACCAGUUUGUUGCCAGCUGGGUGCUGCUAUUUUUGGCUCUCUUGGAGAUCAUUGGCGUCAGCUACAUAUACGGAGGGAACCGUUUUAUUAAAGACAUCGAGAUGAUGCUUGGGAAUAAGAGUUUCAUUUUCUGGCUGUGGUGGAGAGCAUGUUGGUUCUUCAUCAGCCCCUGUAUCAUUGUGGUGAUCCUGGUCUGGUCUCUGAAGACGUUUACGCCACCCUCCUAUGGAGCAGUCCUGUUCCCAGACUGGGGCUUGGCACUGGGCUGGUGCAUGGUUGUAUUUAUCCUCCUCUGGAUCCCUGUCGUCGCUUUGUAUAAGCUGAUGAGAGCAGAGGGAAGCCCCUGGAAGCGUCUGAAGUCAAUGUGCUCUCCUGCUGAAGAAUGGCAUCCCUACCUGGACGUCCAUCGAGGAGAACGCUAUGGCAGGAUGAUACAUAACAACGAACCAGAUUUUCUACCUUCAGGUGAAAACAUCUGAGUCUUUUUGACCAUCUUCACCGACCACGUUUUUGUCUGCUGGGGACAGGCGGCACACAACAAGCCUGAGCGAGGUCAUGUGUUAACAGUAAAUUCACCCACUUUGGACUUGACAGCACAGACCAAUGACACACAAACGUUAGAACAGUAAUAGCUAUGCUUUUAUGUUAAUUGACAUCAAUUGAAUCAAUGUAUUAAAAAUAUUGAUUAGUGGGGAGGUAAAAUCACAUAGUGUUUCUUAUUUUCUCAAUGAUCCGUGGACUAUUUUAGUUAUUUCACUGUCUAUUAUUCAAAAUGAUUAUUGUUCUAUCAGUAGUGAGUGUUUGUGUGUCAGUAAUCAUGCUUCCUGUCAGUUAACUACUGCACAUCCUGUGUUCCUCACCUCUGAUAUUCUACAAUAAACAACUUCUUUCUGCAUCUCCAAUAUGUGACGAAAUUAUUUAGACUAGCUAGUGAUGCAUCAUGUGUGAGGAAAAUAAAAACAUCAGAUGCCAAACUGCUUUAAAUGCCAUUUUCAUAAAGACACGAUAUUACAAAUGUGUUACAGCUGAUCUUACAUUGUGUGUGUGUGUGUGUGUGUGUGUGUGUGUGUGUGUGUGUGUGUGUUAGCAUUCUUGUUGGUACUGUUUUGGAUUGUAUUAUACUGACGUUUUAUAUCAGCGAGUCUAGACAAAAUCAUUAAUAACAAGUUAAUCUGGAAGCGUGUGAUGUUGUCAUAUCCAACCAAGAUGUUCUGGCUUUUGCAGAUGUAGUUGGCUCCUUAAUUUAGGAAGGCACUGAUAUAGGAAUCGCCGGGCUAAAAGAAAUCAAGUUCACUCCUCAGUCUGAUGGGAAACUGUAAGCUGUACACUGUGUCAUUGUCUGGUAAGUAAUAUAAUAGUAUCAUGUUGCACCAUACAGUAAGCCUUUACAAACCUGAUAGCCACACCUCUUCUCACUUCCCUAAUCUGCCCUGUAGUUACCUGGCCUACACCAUCCACUCCUCACCUGCAACUAAUUCCCCCAUCAGCCACUCAGCAUAUUUACCUGUUCACUUCUCUUUCUCGUUGUUGAUUCAACCUGUUUGCUUUCUGGUUUUUGCCAUGUUCCAAGUGAUUUGUUGGAUUACCCUGGAAAUGUAGCAUGUGGUGCGGUCCACACAUGAUUU